UUCUUUGUUUCAACACCCGACACUGGUCUUUUUCAUUCUCUCUCACUCUUCCAAACCCCUUAUAUAUGGACACAGAUAACAUCAAUUCUAUACACUUUUAAACUCCCAUAUCUCCCUCUCUUUCUCUCUCUCUCUCUUACUUGCUUUUUUCCAUCUUAUUUUAUUGUUGUUUGUGCUUUGUUUGUUGUUCUGGGGUAUGGAACUUCAAUUGGGUCUGGCACUUCCAGCCUACACUCCUGCAGUGAAGGUGGUGGAGCUGAAAGGUUGUGGAAAUGAGGCAAAGCAGAAGCUGGGUUCCCAGCCUUGGAACUUUGGGUGUGAAAGCUACAUGAAAAACAAGCGUGGUUUUGGUGAGGCUUUUGAGAAAAUUGAAGAUCAUGACCAUGUGUCAGAUGGGACUUCAUUGCCUUUGCUAUUGUGGCAUGGCCAGCCAAAUGACGAGGAUGAUCACAAUGGUCUCGGGAAGAGAGCCUCUUGCCCCAUUAACAAGAAUGAUGAGGAAGGAAAUGAAGUUGUUGGGUGGCCACCAGUAAAAUCAUGGAGAAAGAAGGUGAUCUGCCAGCAUCAAGGUGGUCGAAUGGUGUUCGAUCGGACGGCAGAGAAGGAAAGUGGUGGAGCAGGCCCCAUCUACGUGAAGGUGAAGAUGGAGGGAGUGGCGAUAGCGAGGAAGAUCAAUCUAAAGCUGUAUCAGUCGUAUCAGAUGCUCAAAAACUCCUUGACUGCAAUGUUUGCUCGGUGCAAAAAAUGUGACGUGGAUUGUGUACACUACACUCUUACCUACCAAGACAAGGAGGGUGAUUGGCUGCUUGCCGGAGAUGUUCCAUGGAGAACAUUCAUCGAGUCUGUGCAGCGCCUGGAGCUAGUAAGGAAUGGAGGUUGUCUCCUCCCCUCUAUCUCUCUCUUCUGCUGCUCAGUGAUGGGGGUCUUAACCGUGUCUUUCUUUGUUCUUUGUAUUAUUGAGCUUGUUGCUGCACAGACGACCACUGACCGUGAUGAAGUGGCGGCUCUCAACAAGCUGAUAGAUUACUGGAAUUUGAGGAGCUUGAAUUCCAGUAUUGAUCCCUGCACCCAGAAUGCAACAUGGGCUAGUAAAGAUGCAAAUCCCCGAGUUGCCUGUGACUGCACAAGCAACACCUGCCACAUUACCCACCUGAAGAUAUAUGCUCUGGACAUUUCUGGUGAAAUUCCUCCAGAAUUAUUCGUGCUAAAGAAACUGGUGGACUUGAAUCUUGGUCAGAAUGUAUUAAGUGGCCCCAUCCCAGCUGAAAUUGGACAGUUAUCAAAUAUGCAAUAUCUUAGUCUCGGCAUAAACAACCUGACAGGGAGGGUUCCUUCUGAGCUGGGAAAUCUCACCAAGUUGGUUUCAUUAAGUUUUGGCUCCAAUAAUCUUUUUGGACCAUUACCUAAGGAGCUUGGAAAUUUGACAUCCUUACAGCAGCUGUACAUUGAUAGCAGUGGAGUGAGUGGACCAAUUCCACAAGAGCUUGCAGGCUUGAAAUCUCUUCAGAUUCUCUGGGCAUCUGAUAAUCUCUUCACUGGAAAGCUACCAGAAUUCAUCGGAACUUUAAUAGAACUCAAAGACCUGCGAGUUGAGGGGACAUUGCUUGAAGGCCCUAUACCAAGCAGUUUUGGAGCUCUAACCAAACUGGAGGACCUGAGAAUUGGUGAUCUGAGAGGGCAAGAUUCUUCUCUUGAUUUCUUGGGAAGCCAAACAAGCUUGUCCAUACUAUCUUUGAGGAACUGUCGGGUGUCUGGCCGAAUUCCAGACCAGCUUAGCACCUUCACUAAGUUGAAAUAUCUGGACUUGAGCUUCAACAAAUUGACAGGAGAAAUACUAAAAUCAUUCCAAGAUUUUGUCUCAUUAGAAUAUUUGUAUCUUGGGAACAAUAACUUGAAUGGAGAGCUGCCUGCAAAUAUCAUUAGUCAAGAGCUCAUGGCACUGGAUGUCUCCUUCAAUCCUCUUUCUGGGAAUUUACCACUAAAUAUCGCCAAAGUAGGAUUAUCGAUGAAUGUUCUUGGAACUUCCAUCAAUGCAAACAGUUUACAAGACAGGAAGGCUUCUGGGAUGUUGCAUUGCCUCCAAGGAAAUAUGAAGUGUACAAACAAAAUUCCAUCCUCUUCAUUUUCUAUCAAAUGUGGAGGCACUGAACAAAGGUCUGCAUCUGGGGUCAAAUUUGAUGAUGACUCUGAAAUACUAGGAGCUGCCUCAUUGUACACAAGUCCUGAUUAUCAAUGGGCAGUAAGCAACACUGGAAGCUUCAUUUCCAACCCAAAUGGACCUCAAUAUAUAGCAAAGACAGAUUCUCAAAUCAGGGGAACUCUUGAGUCUGAACUGUAUAAGACAGCAAGGGUUUCACCAAGCUCAUUGAGGUACUAUGGCCUGGGUUUGAAGAAUGGGAAAUAUAGGGUUGAGCUCCACUUUGCAGAGAUAGCCAUGGAGGACUCUGUGUCAUGGAAAGGCCUUGGAAGGCGUUUGUUUGAUGUUUACAUUCAGGGCGAGAGAGUUCUUGAAGGGUUCAACAUUCAAAGAGAAGCAGGUGGGUCAAAGAGAGCCUUGGUGAAGACACUGGAGGCAAAUGUCACAAACACAAUCAUGGAGAUUCAUUUCUUAUGGGCUGGAAGAGGCACUUGCUGCAUUCCAUUUCAAAGCACAUACGGACCAUUAGUAUCAGCCAUCCAUGCAUAUCAAGUGUCGGAUGAAACUAGCUCUUCCUCCGAAAGCAACAAGAAUAGGAUAGGAAAAGUUGUUGGAAUAGUUGUUGGAUGUGCAGGAGGGGUGGUGAUUAUCUCAUCCAUCUUCUACUUAUGGUGGAAAAAGGAGGCAUCCGGGCAUACCCGAGUUCAAACAGAAUCACCCAGGAAAUGAUUUGACAAGUCGUCUAAGGAGAAUCGGAGAUAGACUCCAUCCAAGUGGCCAAUAAAGUUGCAACAAUGUCUCCUACUAAAGACUCGAAAGCCGAUGCAUAUAUAUGUUAUUUAAUGUAGUAUUAUGAAAUGUUGGUGAGCCUUUCCUUUUGGGCAAAAAGGUUGACAGGGAAGGCAAAACGAUCACGGUGGGACUCGAACCCACAAUCUCCCGCUCCGGAGGCGAGCGCCUUAUCCAUUAGGCCACGCGAUCAAGUGGCAUUGUUAAUGAAAAGCUCCUAUAAUGUAAGAAAAAAGGUAAGGUGUUAUUUGAUUGCAUUCGUAUUUUAUAUUUUCAAAGAUAAAAAAAAUGACAAUUCCUAAA